AUCAAGUUAGAAGUCAUCUAUCUGCUGCUGUUCUAUUGUUGAUAGUUUAUUAACAUUUUAUAUCUUUAAGCUUCUGACUGCUGUGAACAUACAUAGACUCCAUCACAGAAAUGCCAAAUGUUAGCUUUCUCGAGUUCCAGUACAAGCUUUCAAGAAAUAAGCUUCUGCGAAGGCCGUCCCGAUUAUUCUCUUCCAGGGACAGACAAUUCUCUGGUGCUCUACCUCCUUUCCAGCCAAAUUUGAAUGAGAUGAGGCAGGUUUUCAAUAAGUUUGAUUCAAACAAAGACGGCAAGAUUUCUCAGCAGGAAUACAAGGCCACUCUAAGAGCUUUGGGACAGGAAAACAUGAUAGGAGAAGUGCCAAAGUUUUUCCAGGUGGUUGAUUUGGACGGAGAUGGAUUUAUUGAUUUCAGAGAGUUUGUCGAAGCGCAGAAGAAGGGAGGAGGCAUUAUGAUGAAAGAUAUUCAGAGUGCUUUUCAAGCCUUCGACAUGAAUGGAGAUGGGAAGAUAACUGCUGAGGAAGUUAUGGAAGUCUUGAGGCGACUUGGUGAACGAUGCAGCUUAGAAGAUUGCCGGAGAAUGGUGAGGGCAGUCGACGCUGAUGGUGAUGGUAUGGUUAAUAUGGAUGAGUUUACAACCAUGAUGACACAAACUCUGGUUAAUCUGUAAUUGUUCCCAUGUUUUUAUGAAGGGUUCUUUUAUUUAUGAUCCUUUCUGUUUCA